AUGAAGCUUUCGAUUCGGAAAUUGGUUAGUGUUGCUCAAAGGUCCGGAUGUCAGUUUCAUGCUGGUGCUGUACACAGAGAAGAGAGCUAUCAUAACAUGGGUGACGCCGAGAAGGUCGCGGAAACCCGCGAAAAGAAAGCGAAAAACAUCAUGAGGGAGCUGAAGAUCCAGAAGCUGUGUCUCAACAUCUGUGUGGGAGAGUCUGGUGACAGGCUGACUCGUGCAGCUAAGGUGUUGGAACAGCUUACCGGUCAAACCCCGGUGUUCUCAAAGGCGCGGUACACUGUUAGGUCGUUCGGGAUCCGUAGGAAUGAAAAGAUCGCUGUGCACUGUACAGUUCGUGGUCCAAAAGCUGAGGAGAUUCUUGAAAAGGGUCUCAAGGUCAAGGAAUUCGAGCUCUACAAGGAGAAUUUCUCGGAUUCGGGAAACUUCGGCUUUGGUAUCCAGGAACACAUCGAUCUCGGUAUCAAGUACGAUCCUGGAAUCGGUAUUUAUGGUAUGGACUUCUACGUAGUUCUUGAUCGUGCUGGACGACGUGUUGCCAGAAGAAGACGCGCCCCAGGUCGUGUUGGCCCAUCUCAUAGAGUCUACCGUGAAGAAUCAGUGAAGUGGUUCCAACAGAAGUACGAUGGUAUUAUACUGCCACCAAAGCCCAAGGUCAAGCGAAGCGCUCACCGCCGACGAUAA